AGCAGUUGGUGUGCAGAGACCAGAGGCUCAGACUAGCUAGUUAAGAGCUUCUCUCGCCUAUCCUCCAUCUGCCAGGGACUGGGGUUGUGAUUUGAGCUCCAGCAGAGCAGAGCAGGGAGGAGAUCGAAGGAGAGUUGGGCGGGGGGGCUGCAGGGGGAGUGCGAAGACAGAAAAGAGAAAGUGGAAGAACAAGAGGAAAGUGAGGAAUGGAAAGAAGGGUUGGAAUGAAAUCCAGCAGGAUGUAAGAUGCCUGAAAAGUCCAUUUAAACUAAUGUCCAUCAGCACCCAAUGGCUCCACGCACAUGAGAAAAAUAUUUGUAUGUAAAGUUAUUGGUGAUAACUAGGGAUAGCAAUUCCCCAUGAAGACGUCUAUGCAUACAUAACGCUAUUUCCUGUUAAGAAUAUUUAGUUAUUGCGUGCAACACUUAGUGCUUGUGAUGGAAAAAUUUCACUUUCUCAAAGGGGUCCUAAAUAGGCAGGGAACUGAUUUGUACUCGGUACUUUUGCUUGUCCUGAAGGUCCAUGUGUUAUUCAGCAAGAAAUGGGUGAAAAUCUCAAAAUUGCAGUGUAGUUGAAAAUAAAUCUGGGACAAUAGCACCUUUAUGAGGUCUGUAUCCAAAAUCAAUGAGUUAAUUAAAUUGUUUAGACCAAUAAUCACUGUUUGUGAGCUUGAAGUAUAUUCCUCAAUAAGGAGUCAAGUCUGCUUUGUUUGUAAAUAUUUCCAGGAUGUCUCACCCUCUUCCUCACACUCCCACCAAGGCACAUGUGACUGGGAUUCAGCUUUACAGCACUUCACUCCUCCCUCUGAUCCUCCUCCUGAAAACCCACCACCGCCACCCACCUCCCUUCACUCUCCUCUCCCUCAUUCUGUCAGCCUUUCACCCAUGGUUCCUCGCUUCCACGGCAGAUUCUGGGAGAAGCUUCCUGCCUCCUCUGCAAUUCUUUUGGGAGGCACCACGAGCUAGACUGAGUGUCACUUGAGGUGACCCAGAAAUGAUAACGCCUGAUGAACCCUGGAUACAUGUGUGCUAUGAUAACCACUAUGCCCUACAGCAGAGAGCGGGCAGGCAUCGCGGUCGGUGCUGUGUCUGAAAGGAGCCCAGCUGAACCGAGCCUGCUGCACAGAUACCCACUGUGUGAGGCGAUCAUGCUCAGGAACCGCAGCGUGCUCCGUGAACAUUGCAGUACACACCGAAAUGGAUCUCAGUGCCGCUGCAUUAUUGAUGAGCUACAUACCAGGCAGAAGGAGCAAAGUGACUGUAUAGCAGCGUGGCACAUGUUCAUUUAUGCAAGCAGAAGAGGUGUAAUUAAUUGUCACCCUUUGCUCACAGCCCAAGUGUUCACGCAGACAAUAUUCUAUUCACUCCUUGUCUAUUGAAAUCACUCCACCCACACCUCCUGCAAGUGUGAUCGUGACUCCAGGAUGGCUCCCUGUGUCAUGUUAACGUUUCAAUUCCGGUGCAUUCUCUGUACGCUUAAAGGUCUGUGCUAUUUUAUGACCAUUGUGAGCAUCCUUUUAUGGCAUCACUUUUAACGUAACCCAGCUGUUUGCGGACAUGAAUAUACACGGGCAAACGGAACAGGGCUUUUCAUUAUUUCAAUGAUGAAAUAUUGUCUCAUUUGAUGCCAGGUGCAAUGAUACCACUUUCAAACAAUAUUUAAUUAAUUUAUUAAACAGUUGUGUUUGACCUUUUUUUCCCCAUGACAUACUGCAGUAUGAAGGCAAAAGUGUUUAUACAGCCAACGUACCACUGACCAUAUGAGGUGCAUUAUUCUGGACGAAAGAAAGUCGUUUCUAUUUUUUAUGCUUCUGGGGUUAUAUUCUAUUAAUUUAGUAUUGAGCUCAGUAAUGAUAAAUUCAUUGUUUAAUUUGGAGUUUAUGACCAAUUGAAAGAAAAAGUAGACUAACCAAUCUUUGGGUAUUUUCACGAGUUUGCCAGCAUUUGUUGGCGUUAUGCAAUCAAUAAACCAGGCUAAUUGGCUCCAUAUUGAUUAUAAAUACGUGGCAUACAUUAUAGUAUAACAUCUACACGCAAACAAUAUGCUCAAGCGUCUUUUUGUGUGUGCGCGUGUGUGUCUCACGGAUGUGCAAGUUGUGCUGCUUCAAACAUUGAGGCGUCAUUUACAGCAUAAAAGAUCCCAGUUUGUUAUGAUUGAUAAUAAACCCCAGAUGAAUUCCGUAUCCUAAAAUGCUUUCUAAAUCUUCGUAUGAAUGGUUAAUGCUUGCCAUAAGGCGGUAACAGAUCCACGGUUGUGUUAUUUGGCCCUGUUUAAUUCGUGGCGACACCAGCCAUCAGAAGCUCCGCGCGUGCAGGGAAGGCCAUUGGCUUGCAGUUUUCUGUGCAAUCGCGUGUGCGCCGUGUUGUGUCUUGUGCGUGCCGGAGUAUUAUUUAAAUGACUUGUGUUUUAAUUGAGGGUGGAAGUCGAGCCGCGGCUCACAAACGUGGAACAACCCCCAUCUACCGGCAGCCAGGCAGGCAGUCAGCCUCUCUCUCUCCUCUCCUCUUUCCUUUCCUCCGCUGCAGCGCACGGUCCGGAGCGUCUCCUCUGCCAUCGAACCAGCACAUCCUCAGUUGCCUUUGCGCGCAGCGACCCGGGAGUUGAUCUGACUCCCCGCAUUUUGGAUGCGCUGAGCCGAGCCAGCAGCACACCAGUCCGGCUCCACGGUAUAUGGAAGUGGUUGGCUGCAAGGCAGAAGCAGCCGCUCGCACGUUGCGCCCUGCAGGACCGGGAGCCAUGCUUUUCCACGGGAUCUCCGGGGACCACAUCCAAGGGAUCAUGGAGGAGAUGGAGAGACGGUCCAAGUCGGAGUCUCGCUUGGCCAAGAGCAUGCAGAUCAACGGCAGAGAGACGACCAUGCCCUCCAUGAGCCCGGAGAAGCCGGCCCUGUGCGCCGGCUGCGGGGGCAAGAUCUCGGACAGAUACUACCUCCUGGCCGUGGACAAACAGUGGCACCUGCGUUGUCUCAAAUGCUGUGAAUGUAAACUUGCGCUGGAGUCGGAGCUGACGUGUUUCGCCAAGGACGGCAGCAUCUACUGCAAAGAGGAUUACUACAGGUUCUCGGUGCAGAGGUGCGCGCGCUGCCACCUGGGCAUUUCCGCCUCGGAGAUGGUGAUGCGCGCGCGAGACUCCGUGUAUCACCUGAGCUGCUUCACGUGCACGUCGUGCAACAAGACCCUCACCACGGGCGACCACUUCGGCAUGAAGGACAGCCUCGUCUACUGCCGUCUGCACUUCGAGAGCUUGGUGCAAGGCGCCGACUACCACCCGCAGCUCAACUUCGCCGAGCUGGCGGCCAAGGGAGGCGGCGGCGGGGGCGGCGGCGCCCUCGGCCUGCCCUACUUCAACGGCACCGGCACGGCUCAGAAGGGUCGGCCGAGGAAGAGGAAGAGCCCCGCCAGCAUGGGCUUGGACUUACCGAGCUACAACACAGGCUGCAACGAGAACGACGCGGACCAUUUGGACCGGGACCAGCAGGCCUACGCCCCGACGCAGAAGACCAAGCGCAUGCGGACCUCGUUCAAGCACCACCAGCUGCGGACGAUGAAAUCCUACUUUGCCAUCAACCACAACCCGGAUGCGAAAGACCUCAAGCAGCUGGCCCAGAAGACGGGCCUGACCAAAAGAGUUCUGCAGGUUUGGUUCCAAAACGCGAGAGCCAAAUUCAGAAGGAACGUUUUACGACAGGAGAACGGAGGUGUUGAUAAGGCCGACGGCACCUCGCUCCCUCCGCCCUCGUCCGACAGUGGGGCCCUGACCCCCCCCUCCAGCGCAGCCACUCUAACAGACCUGACAAACCCCUCGAUUACCGUAGUGACGUCAGUCACCUCUAGUUUGGACAGCCACGAUUCGGAGAGCCCUUCACAAACUACCUUGACGAACCUUUUCUAGCAAGAUAGCAGACUGCUUCUCUGUUUUGUUUUGUUUUUCUCCCAAAUUCUUAUUUUCUCUGAUUUGAUUUUUCUCUCCCCCCCUCCGCCCAUUUUAAAUUGACCUUUUAAAUCAAGCAGCGAUGGCUCCUUUGAAGAGAAACGCCAGACAAGCAGUGACCACAUCAAAUUAUUUAAUACUUGUGUAGCAUCUGGAAAUGAGUGACUUUGCAAAAGGACUUAAAGAAAAUCUUUGGGGAAAGAACGUAGUGUUUUUUUUCAUCAUUUGUACAUUUGUAUUGAAUUAUUACAAAUUCAGCCCUUCUUAAUUGAUGCUUGAUUGGUGAAUUUGGCCCUCCGAAAGCUGUAAUUGUAUGCUUGUGUUUCUCUUUUGAAAACGAUUGGGAAGCAAACUUGUAGAAUGUUCUGUAUAUGGGUAAAUUAUCCAGCAAAGAGGUUUUCAAUUCUCUUUUUGAAUGUCUCCCAUCUAUAUGGCAGUUGAAUUCAUGAUAGAAAGAACAACAACACUUUGUCCGACUUGAUCCAAACAACGACUGAGCUAAAGAGAAAAGUGGUGAGAAUAAUGCAAUGAGAGCAAAUUAUUUUUUCAAAUUUGGAUAGGAGAGCAGUGGACGGCCUCAAUUGGAAUCGGCUGUCGCUUCCCGUUGCCCUGAUGGAGCAAUUGUAGAAAAAUCGAUUCCAUUCAAUUCAUUAACAGAUCGAGUCAAUUGCACAAGGCCCCUUCCAACCCCCGUAAAAAAGUGCAUUAUUGGUUUAUCAUGUUGCUCAGGGUGAUGUUUUUUUUGUGGUGUUAAUGAAAAAGAGGAGUGUAGUAUACUGACUAAGACCGGAUUUGUAGAGCUGGCAUUGGGAAAAAAAAUAAUAAUAAUGACCACAGAUACCGUUGGAGUUCUGUGCAGGAGUAAUCACAGUCCAUGUUUUCUCCUGACAUUGAAUUUCUCUCACACCAUUUGCCACUGAUCAGACCCAAAAAAACAAAAAACAAAGCAUGUUUCUUCUGGCUGAAAGGUAUUAAAAGAGAGGGGGGGGGGGGGGCAGAUGAUCCAUUUCCAUUGUGCGCAUCCUAAUUUGUUCUUCUGUAGAACAAAGUGGUACUCCGAAUCUACUUCAUGAACUAGAUGCCUAACUCAGUUCUACUCUAUGUGCCUUACGCGAUAACUUGGGACAAAAAAGGUUGUGAAAUUCAGGAUUCUCUGUGUUCUUUGUUAACUGAGUCACACCCUUUGGACGCCUCACUAGUUUUGUACUGGUUUGCAUCUUAUUUUCAAAGAUCUUUUUAUGGUGUACCCUGUUUUGGAAAAAAGAAAAAGACAAAAAGAGGAGAAGAAGAGAGGGGAGAGAGGGGGCAGCGAUGUCAUAGAAAGCAUUUGUGCACUCUUUCAGAUAUAGUUCCAAGAACCUUAUAUAUUGAUCUUCGUGUUAAUAGUUGAGUACAGUAAGUGUUCUAUCAAGAUUGUCCAUGUUUCCCUGUUUCUUGAUUAAAAAUGGUGUAUAGAAACUAUUUCCCCCUAAAUAUUUAUGGACCAAACGGUUGUUAUAUAUCUUAUUAAAUUUGUGUGAAUAAAAACAAUACUUUGCUUUAAAUGGCUUUUUAUUUUUCAUUGCACUUGCCAUUUUUUUUUUUGUGUUCCUUCCAGAAUACACUUUUUAUUUGUCACAUCGACAGCUGAGAGAGUUUUUGCUCACCAAACUUAACGCCGUUCCUCAUUUUUGCUCCCAUGUUAAUUUCAAUUUCCUCUUUUAUGAUGUUUUUGGACGUAAUGCCCCAUGGAUUUGCAUCCAAACUCUGCGGUCCCCAAAAAUUUGAAAUCUGCUUUUUAGUGCAUGAUCACAGCUGUAGAAUUUGAAUAGUCAGAAUGCUGCAAAGCGCAUCAAGUAUUUACAUUAUGUACUAUAACGUGGUAAACCUAAAAUGAA